AUGGGGGUGGGAGGAAAAGAAAGGCAUCAGCCAUUGAAGCAAGCUUUGAUGUCGAUACUCGCAGCAAGUUGGAUGCUUUGAUUGCAAGGAUGUUCUAUACUGCAGGUCUGCCUUUCAAUCUUGCAAGAAACCCUUGGUUUAGGCAAGCUUUCAUGUUUGCUGCCAACAGUAAGUUAGGUGGCUAUGUCCCUCCAAGCUAUAACAAGAUCAGAACCAGCCUUCUUGUGCAAGAGAAGACACAAGUUGAACGAAUGCUGCAGCCGAUCAAGUCAACAUGGAGCAGCAAAGGUGUGAGUAUUGUGUCAGAUGGGUGGUCUGAUCCUCAAAGACGCCCUCUCUUAAAUUUUAUGGCUGUAACAGAAGAUGGACCCAUGUUUUUAAGAGCAAUCAACACCGAGGGAGAGAUAAAGACCAAGGAGUACAUCUUUCAGAGGAUGUUAGAAACCAUUGAUUUGAUUGGAGCAGGGAAUAUUGUCCAAGUGGUCACAGAUAAUGCAUCAAACUGCAGAGGUGCAGGGCUGAUGGUGGAACAGAAGUACCCUCAUAUAUUCUGGACUCCAUGUGUAGUCCAUACUUUGAACCUCGCCUUGAAGAGCAUAGGUGCAGCCAGGAAUGAGGAAGACCCAGAGUAUGAACACUGUAAUUGGAUCAACGAGGUUUCAUCAGAUGCACAGCAGAUUCGGAACUUCGUAAUGAAUCACUCCAUGAGGUUGUCUAUGUUCAACGAGUUUAGCAAGUUGAAACUUCUUGCUAUUGCUGAAACAAGAUUUGCCUCUCAGAUUGUUAUGCUAAAAAGGUUCCAUGAGAUCAAAGAUGCUCUUACUUUGUUGGUUGUGAGCCCCAAGUGGUCUGACUACAGAGAUGACAAUCAAGGUAGAGCACAAUUUGUGAAAGACAAGGUUCUUAGUGAUUUGUGGUGGGAUAAAGUGAAGUACAUCCUUGAUUUCAGCGAGCCUAUCUAUUCUAUGAUACGUGCAGCUGACACAGAUAAACCAUGCCUUCAUUUGAUAUAUGAGAUGUGGGAUAGCAUGAUUGAGAAGGUGAAAACUAUAAUAUAUCGCCAUGAAGGAAAAGAGGAGUAUGAGCACUCUCCAUUUUAUGAUAUUGUUGACAAGAUCCUACAGAGUCGAUGGCUAAAAAAUAAUACACCAUUGCAUUGUUUGGCACAUUCACUUAAUCCAAAGUAUUACACCCAAGCUUGGCUUGCUGAGGUUGAGGGCCGUGAAGCUCCACAUGUUGAUGAAGAGAUAUCAACAGAGAGAAACAAAUGUUUUAGGAGGAUGUUUGGUGAUGGGCCGGAAUUGCACAAGAUCAAACAGCAAUUUGGUAAUUUUAGUUUGUUUGCAGCUGGAUUUAGUUCCUUCGAUUCAAUUGAGGAUAGAACCUACCUAGAGCCUAAGAUAUGGUGGGGAAUCCAUGGCAACUCUGCCCCAGAGCUACAAAAAUUGGCACUAAAGUUACUUGGCCAGCCAUCUUCUUCUUCUUGUGCUGAAAGAAAUUGGAGCACGUAUGGUCUCAUACAUAGUACAGCAAGAAACAGACUAAAUCCUGGACGUGCUGAAGAUCUUGUCUUUGUGCAUCAAAACUUGCGUCUUAUUUCAAGGAAAUCUUCAGAGUAUUCAAGUGGCCCAACACGAUUUUGGGACAUUGGAGGAGACACCCACGAUAUAUUUGGUGGUGGUGCAGAUUUUCUUCAACAUGCUGUGCUGUCACUUGAUGAACCAGAGCUAGAGGCAAUGCUAGAUGAUCUUCAAGCCGAAUGAAGCUGCCUAGACGAUCCUGAAGCAUCAGAGAAUAAAGCUGCAGAAUAAUUCGUACUCUUUUAUUAGCUGGUUAUGCAACGUUAUUGGAUGCACUAUUGAACUGUUGGGAAUUUUUUAUUUUUAUUAUAUA